AUGUCUCCGAAUAGCGCUUCCAUCGGCGCAGCCCCCAACACCAUCGCGGGUGUUCCAGGUGCUCACCAGGCCGCGACAGAAUUGAUGAAUGUCAUGUUCGCCGAUGCUCUCUUGCCUGAAAGCUUCCGCAAGCAGAUUAAGGCGAUGUUCAAGCGUGGCAUGAAAGUCAUUUAUUUUGCCGAUGCCGAUGCAAUCACUUGGCCAAAUGGUGAGCAUGUCCUUCGGGCCAUGGCCAAAGCCAUCGAGGUUGUCACUGAGCUUCGUGCAUACGUCCACCUCAUGUGCGAGGCCAACGUAUACCGCAUUGGUCAAGUCAUCGACGAUGAAGAUGUCAUUGCAGUUCACGCAGGCAUGGCCAUGGGUGAACACGUCCCAGACCCCAACGGCACCUACUUCCGAAGCAAUGGUUGCUUUAAGUGCUUCGGAGUUGGCCCUGGACCCUUUCCUGCUCCCAUCCCAGCUGGCCAACCCCCACCUCGCCCAGCUUACCCUGUCUUCCCCUACCUCAACAAGAAGGGUAAGAUCGUCAAGAAGACUUGCAAGCCUCGUAACCCCUGGAUCAUCUACCGUGCCUCUCGCCACGCCGACGUCAAGAAUGACAACCCCACCCUCCACACGUCUGAACUGUCUAGCAUCAUCGCAAAAGAGUGGACUACUAUGGAUGUUGAACUCAAGGGUCUCUACGUCGAGAUGGCUUAUAAUGAGAAGAUGUUCCACAAGCAAAACUUCCCAGACUUUAAGUUGAAGCCACGCAAGUCCGAGGCCAUCCAGCGCCGUCGCGCCGCCCGUCGUGAAGGAUUCACUGUUGAUGCUGAUGUUGAGGUCUGGGCUAAGACAACUUAA